GUCGUGUGGAGAGGGGGCGGGUAAAUUUGGCGCGCUCGGCCGCUUGUUAUUUCAGUAGUGUUUGCGGGCGCCAGACAUUCGCGCCUUCUUGUGUUUGUUCGUAUACGUGACCCCACACGCCGGAGGACAUUCGAUAAUUUACAGGCACGUCAUGGCGUCGAGGAUACUGUUGCUAAGCGUGUGGGUUGCUGCCGCUAGUGGAGCGCUUGAAGUGGUUAACCAAUGGAACCAUCUUCAGUUCGACUUUCCCCCGGACCCAGUGCUGCUAGAGAAGUUCCAGCCUGAGAACACGGUGCCCACUGGCUUGGAGAUAGGCUGGGACCGGCUCUAUAUCGGUAUACCGAGGCUACGGGCUGGUGUGCCCGCUACUCUAGCCUGGGUACCCCGUAGCCUACCGCCCGGUGUUAGCCCUGUUUUACAGGCCUAUCCGGACUGGUCGUGGCACACUGCGGGGCGCGGUGACAUCAACUGCACGGGUCUGGUGUCGGUAUACCGCACCCGCGCAGACCGCUGCAACCGUCUCUGGGUCCUCGAUUCCGGCGUCUUCACCAGUCUUGAUGACUUCCGCCGCGUCUGUCCACCCAAGAUACUUAUCUUUGAUAUGGCUACUGAUCGUCUGGUGCGCAGCGUGUAUUUCCCACGGGAGUUGCUUCGGCCGAGCUCUUUGCUGACCAACCUAGUGCUGGACGACACGCGCGCCCCCAACCCGCACCUCGCGGCUACUUGCGACCACAUCUUCGCCUACAUCAGCGACACUGUUACCCCAGGUAUCAUCGUGUACGACAGCCGUCGCGACAACGCAUGGCGAGUAACCCACGCGUCAAUGUAUCCCGACCCUAACCUCGGUGAGAUAGACAUCACCGGCGAGAAGUUCACUCUAAUGGACGGUGUCGUGGGCCUGGCGCAUUCCCCCGCACAGGGACUUCUUUACUACCAACCACUCGCUACCGAUAGAUUAUUUAGCGUGUCAACAGCGGUACUAUCCGCGGGACCUCUGGCGGAGGGUGCGGAUUUGCCAGUCAACCUCGUGGGUCGCAAAUCCUCGCAGGGUCUCGGCGUUACCGUCGAUCCUAGAGACGACACUAUCAUAUUCAGCCCGAUGACUGAAACUGCUAUCGUCGCUUGGAAUCCCAUCACCAAUUCUCACAGGUUGUUGGCGCAGGACGCAGAGAAACUGCAGUUCUGUGCGGAGGUGCGGUGGGCGGAGCGCGACAACGGCGCAGUAUGGGCUCUUUCUUCGAGAUUCCAGAAGUACUUCUUGCGAACUAUCUCUAAACACGAGAUUAACAUCAGGAUAGUGCGUGUGGUGGACGGCGCCUACGUGAGUCUACAGCCGCAUGUGCUGCGACGCGCUGCCACGCACUUCAACGCCACGCAAUACUGAGCCAACAAUUACACAGGGUCGUUUUAACCAAAUCAGACGCUUACUAAAUUCACUCUGGCACCCCUAAAGUAGUAUGCCCAAAUCCUAUUUAAACGACCCUGCAUUUUAAAUGUUUUAAAAACCAUAUGCCACACUCAAAUUCAUUUAACGUUUACCUAAAUACUUGCAUUUAGAGUAAGUAAUAAAAUCUACACUAAGAGGUAGUCCCGCUUAAAGACUCUGAAUGCAGCAGUUAGUGUAACACUAAAUCUACAAUUUACUGUAUAAUUUAAUUGAAUGACAAUGAGUGCGGCAGUUAUACUUAACUUUAUUUUCUAUAAUUUUCAUAUAAUCACGUCCGUGCAUCGGGGUAGACAGAGAUUUGAUCCUAACGCCUACAAAAUAGAAAGUAAUAAAACGAAUAACAGCUUAAUUUCUUUUCAGUUUUAGUACACAACUUGAUAUUUGUCUAUACAAUUAACUAUAACAUUACAGUACUAAAUCAAAAAACUAAGAUCUCGAUAAAAGAGGCUUUGCUAUUCUCUGCCUACCCCAUUUGUAUUCUUAUAUGUCAUCUCAUUUCGUGUUUAAGAAUUAAUUAUUUAUUUUUUAUUGCUUCAUUUAACAAGUUUUGGAAAAUUGUAUCGUAUUGUUUUACUUUCAUGACCAACCACACUCAGUCUUGUUACUAAGGCAGUCCGUUAGUGUAUCUAUAGUACACAAAAGCAACAGUAAUUGGCUGCUUAGGGAUGACUUAAGAAUCCUUUAGUAUGGCAGUCAGUUUAUUUUAGUUUACACUUCCAAUUGUAAAACAAUGUGUAACAAAAUGUAACUGUCAUGCUUGUUUCGGUACUUAGUGCUUGUAUUCUCGCUUGAUUGGUUUUAGGUUAGUUUCGUUUGACGUGGUUUUAGUCAUACAUAUAAAAUGUGAUGCAUGCUUAUUUAAUAAUAAUUUAUACCUAAUAAAUAAUCUUUAUUAUGAUCAAGGCUAUAAUCCUUUACAGAUCCAAACAUUUUUUUUUUCCAAUUAAGUCAAUUUUAUUUUUCGGUAACGUGUUCUAAAACAUCGUCUGUUAACAUAUUUAGCCAUAAAUAUAACAAAAUGUAACAGGAAGCCAGUAAUUAAAAUGUGAAAUAGAUAUAGAUAAUAAUAAAAUUAUAUUAUGCCAGGUUUAUACAAAAUGUCUUGAAAAACGGCAGCUUGCGGAUAAUGUCGAAUUAUUAAGUUAUUAAAAUAAUUUCAAUAAACAUGCGAUUAUUUUAUUUUUAAAUAAUGUACCUUGAUGUUGGUUACCAUGACAAUUGAGUGCGUAGGGUUUGUAUUUUAUAAGUUACCUAUUUCUAGAAGAAUUUAUUUUUAACCAGUGAGUAUGUACUAAAGGAAAUUAAAGAUUCUGUAUUGCUUCUACUGAAUGUAAAAUUACAAUGUAUACUUGAUUUUUUUUAUUUUUUAUACUUAUUUCGUAAUAAGCUUUGUAAAUAGUUACCCUACAAUAUUGCUAUUGAUUUAUUAUAUAGAUACAUAAUGAAUGUAAUGGCAAUUAAAAUGUUAGCUCUCAAUAGUACUUAUAGUUAUACACUAGGUGAAAUGUAUAUCGAUUCUUCAUAUGAAUAAAAUGUUGUAAAACCGUGAAA